AUGCAUUGCAACAUUGUACAGUACAAUUACUUUAUCUCACCACUGAUCUCUAUAAAUACCUAUCUCUAUACCAUACUCAACUUAACCAAACAUAUAACUUUACUACCGAAUAACAAAAUGAGUUCUCUGACACGUGUUUGGAUGGCCGCCGGCGUCGCCCUUGUCAACGGACACACCGAUCAGGGCUGCAAACUGAAAUCGCUAAUCAAGUCUAUCCGCCACAGCAAGAAGGCCUUCACUUCCUCCACGGGCGCUGAACACUCCGAUCUCCGCCCAUUUUCCAGCUUACUUGGAGCCAAAGUCGACGUCGGGAACAAGAAGACGAACUCCGAUGAUUCCCUCCGGCAAGUCAUGUACUUGAGCUGCUGGGGACCUAGCUAA